GUUUGUCAGAGUAGUUGUACGGUGUACUCGAUCGCACCUUAUCAGAGUUCUGCUGAUUUCCCUCCAAGAUUUGAUUAUCCCACUUGGUCGCUUGAAAACAAAGACCCAAUUUCGUACCAAAAACCCAUACAAACAACCCUAACCCUGAGUUUCUCUAAACUCUAACAAGUUUAUCUCUCUCUACAACGGCCGCCAUGGCUGACCUCGAAGAUGGGUUCGCUGCCAAGAAGCUGUUCAGCCAGGGCUACUCCUACACCUACGACGAUGUCAUUUUUCUCCCUCACUACAUCGACUUCCCCACUGAUUCUGUCCAACUCGACACCCGACUCAGUCGUAACAUCCCUCUCAACAUCCCAUGUGUCUCAUCCCCGAUGGACACCGUAACCGAGUCUCACAUGGCCAUCGCUAUGGCCGCCCUUGGUGGCAUCGGCAUCAUUCACUCCAAUCUCAACCCCGUUGAUCAAGCCGCCUUGGUGAUGGCCGCCAAGGCGCGUCGCGUUCCGAUUCUAUCGAAUCCCGUUUUCAGGUCCGCCUCCGAUCGAAUCGCCUCCGAAGAUGAUUUCGACUCCAAGCCAUAUAUAUUGGUGACCGAGUCCGGCGCCGGAAGGUCGAAACUCGUGGGAUACAUCUCCAAGUCUGAUUGGGAGAAGUUGCCGGACAAAGAAGUUAAGAUUUACGACUACAUGUCGAAUUCAUCCGAUUCAGUAUCGUCGGAUUUCGACUUGGAUCGACUUGCGUCGUUUCUGGAGGAGAAGAGGAGAGACGCGGUGGCGAUUGUGAAUGGCGAUGAGGUUAUCGAUUUGGCGACGAAGGAGGAGGUAGAGAGGAUCAAAGGGUACCCGAAGUUGGGGGCUGGGACGGUGGGUAGCGACGGGAAGUGGAUGGUAGGUGCGGCGAUUGGGACGAGAGAGCAGGAUAAGGAGAGAUUGGAGCAGUUGGUGAAGGCAGGGAUCAAUGUUGUGGUGAUAGAUAGCUCUCAGGGGAACUCCAUUUACCAGAUUGAUUUGAUAAAGCAUAUCAAAUUGAGGUACCCGGGGCUGGAUGUGAUUGGUGGGAAUGUGGUGACCAUUAGCCAGGCCCAGAAUCUGAUUCAAGCUGGUGUUGAUGGGUUGAGGAUUGGUAUGGGGUCCGGGUCUAUCUGUACUACCCAAGAGGUCUGUGCGGUUGGCAGAGGACAGGCAACUGCUGUUUACAAGGUUGCUUCUAUAGCUUCACAGAGUGGUGUUCCUGUCCUUGCUGAUGGUGGUAUUUCAAACUCUGGACACAUUGUUAAGGCUUUGACUCUUGGGGCAUCCACUGUGAUGAUGGGAAGCUUUUUAGCUGGAAGCACUGAGGCACCUGGGACUUAUGAGUAUCAGAAUGGUUACCGGGUAAAAAAAUAUAGAGGAAUGGGCUCCCUUGAAGCAAUGACGAAAGGGAGCGAUGUGAGAUAUUUGGGUGAUAAAGCUAAACUGAAAAUUGCUCAAGGGGUUGUGGGGAAGGUUGCUGAUAAAGGUUCUGUUCUGAAGUUCAUACCUUACACAAUGCAAGCAGUGAAGCAAGGCUUCCAAGAUCUUGGUGCUUCCUCUCUGCAGUCUGCUCAUGACCUUUUAAGAUCAAAUACUUUAAGGCUAGAGGUACGGACCGGAGCUGCCCAAGUGGAAGGUGGAAUACAUGGGCUGGUUUCAUAUGAAAAGAAGUCAUUUUGAUCUGGAUAUUUAGUUGAGAAGGCAGCUGACCAACAUAUGUUAAGAGCUCAAUAGCCAGAUAUUUUGUGCCUCAUUGUCUUUGUGGUUGCUCAGCGGAUGUGCCCUUUGUAUGCCAAUAUUUAAUAAGUUGUGCAAUAAAGUAGACUGGUUUUUGUCUGGUUAUUAAGACAUCAGACUUGCUUCGUCUAUCAAGUAAUAUUUGUACUAGGAAAAUUAUCUUCUAAACGUAAUUGGAACAAGUUAGAUAUAUGAAUGAGCAUAAAAUAUAAGGAAAUGAUAAUUAUUAAUUAUA